AUGUUAGUUCUAAGGUACUGGCCAUUUGGUAUGGUUAUGUGUAAAAUAGUAAAUUAUUCUCAAGCUGUUUCAGUACUAGUUAGUGCUUAUACGCUUUUGGCUAUUUCCAUUGAUCGUUAUUUGGCAAUCAUGAGGCCUUUGCGGCCGAGAUUAGGUAAAACUGCUGCUAAAACUGUAGUCGCAGCGGUCUGGGGAGGAGCGUUAACGACUGCAGCACCAAUCAUUAUCGUUUCCCAAAUACAGAGACCAACUGAAUGGCAUCAAUACUGUAAAGCAGAUGUUUGUCUUGAAAAAUGGGAGUGGGCCGAACAAAACGAACAGUACUCGUGUGCACUAUUGGUUCUUCAAUUUGGAUUGCCCCUCACUGCGCUUGUUUGCACUUAUGCACGAAUUGCACACGUCGUCUGGGGAGUUCGACCACCGGGCGAAGCACAAACAGCAAGAGAUACGCGAAUCCAGAACUCGAAACGAAAGAUUCUAUGGACACUCCACGAGACCGACGAGGCUUGGGCAACGUGGCCGGGCAUGCCAUACGUGUGGUUCGUCGCCCACUGGCUCGCUAUGUCACACUGUUGUUAUAACCCAAUCAUAUACAGCUAUAUGAAUGUAAGAUACCGUCGAGGGUUCAAGCAGAUACUGGGUAGCCUGAUGCCAAAUCGCUUAUACCAGACAUCGCGGUCGGGCCGACGUACCAGCACGUGCGAUGUUAUUCCCUUAUCAGAACUCAUCGGUGUCAACGGCAUUAACCGUCGAGAAAUCAGCAGCGGUUCGAGUCGGUUGCAGCGCGUGACGACUUCCUCGUCGACCAUGUCGUCACGUCGUGGCGCGAACUCCGAUAACAAUCUGUCAUCGAGACACUUCACCGCAUCAACACCUCCAAUACAAGCGCUGUCAAUUCGUACACAAUUCCAGCUGUAACAUUUAAAUAAUAACUCAUAUAGACAUAGUUAACUACAUACCAAAGUGUACUAGGUAUAAUAUUGUUGUUGUGAAAUUAUUAAGAUUUAGUUUUUUCUU